UGUACGGGUUUUUCAGCAGCUUGCCUAUUCCCAGCCUGUAACUACGCCCAAAAAUCUAAUCACCGAUCGUUAAAAUCCAUCUAGGGCAAAGCUAGGAGUGUCAUAGAAGUGUUCAAUGAUUUUGGAUUGUCAUUAAAACGUGCAAAUCAUGGAAAACAGGGGGGAGUUAGGUGAACAACAAAUCAGAAGCGAACCAGGUCCCAGUGAGGCAACACCAUCAGUGGUCGGUUCAGUUGAACCAGUGGAAGCUCUCCAGACGGUCGGUAGUGUACGAAGUGUCGAGCCCGUACCAGAUUCGCCCGAGCUGCUCUCAGGCCAGGAGAUCACCUCGAACGUUGUCCACUCUGACUCGGACGAAGAAACCGUAUCUUCUACCAUGAUUGAUGCCUCCGACUUUCGAGGUCUCACUGAGUCCAGUUACCAAACUCUGAACGGUCGGAUGUCACCCGGACUAUCAGUAGCCAACAGUUACGCUACUCUCACCCCGUUACAGCCUCUUCCACCCAUCUCUACCAUGACGGAUAAGUUCAGCCACUACGGACAUGCUGGAAACGUCGGUGGCAGCUUUACCUUGAUGCAAAACAACGCUCUAGGAAUGAGUAUGAACAGUUAUCAAUACGACAAGCUUGGCCACAUGGGGGGCAUGGCCCCCAUGAACAUGGGCCCCACGCUCGGAGCAACUCACCCUUCUGCAAUGUCUAUGAUGCCCAGUAACGGGCUAGGGAAUAUGGCCCAACAGACAGGGAUCCCAUCGCCUCCUUACCUCCAAAACGGUCUGCACUCUCCCGAAAAAGCCAUAUCCCCGAACACCUACGACUCCUACACACAUCACCGCGACUUAUCCCGAGGACUGGUAUUUUCCCAAAGCCCCACGGUUAGUCUUCAUUCCCCAACGAGCAUGAUACCCACACUGAACGGACUGAAUGCACCCCACACCCCACCGUCAAUGCACCUGCAAGCGCCCGUGUCACCCACUGAACACCAAGACAUUAAACCCGUUAACGUUACGGCCUUCACAGCCCAGACGUCUGUGCCUAACGUAAGUCUUGGGCUUUCAUCCCACCUAGGGGUGAACAUUUCUCAGCCCAUGUGUAGUCUGAGUUCAGCCUCGGUUCAUAACAACGGGGUCAACACUGUUUGUACCGGCGGACACGCUGCAAUUACAAUUAAAAACUCCGGAGGACAAACAUCUAACAACCCUAAAGGGGAGGCAGCUGACGAAGUGGAAGAGAUCAACACAAAGGAACUUGCUCAGCGUAUAAGUGCAGAGCUAAAGCGUUACAGUAUUCCUCAGGCGAUAUUCGCCCAGCGGGUACUUUGUAGGUCCCAAGGAACUCUCUCCGACCUGCUACGGAACCCGAAGCCUUGGAGCAAGCUGAAGUCCGGGAGGGAAACGUUUCGCAGAAUGUACAAGUGGCUAGAAGAACCAGAGUUCCAGCGGAUGUCGGCACUAAGAUUAGCAGGUAACAAAAUUAUUACAUUACAGCAGCAUUAA